AUCGCGAAACAGACUAUGAAUCAUACAUGACAUAGUUUAUGCUUUAAACGCGAGCGAACUGCUCUCUGUCCGCGGGCGCAAAAUUUGCCGCAGAGUGUUCUCUAGUCUUCUGAGCGCCUCUGAGCGAAACAAACCUCGGACAGUCUCUCAGACAGCGAAUGGACCUUCGAUCUUCAGCAGCACUACAGCUAUGAUGAAAUUACAAUCAAAAUGGCUACCUUUAUAUUGAGGCCUCAACAAGGAGGAACGGACAUUGCGAUUCCCCGGGGUAAAACUACAAUCGGAAGGGGACCUUUCCUAGGGGUUUCUGAUAAACGAGUGUCGAGAUCGCACGCAGUUCUGGAAUUGACAGAUGGAAAACUCACUAUUUUACCCCUUCAUAGCAAUCCAACCUUUUACAAAGCUACUGGAAAGGAAAAGUUUAUUAGCUUGAAGAAAGAUGAGACCAAAGACCUGGACAGUGGCAAUGUCAUCUCCCUGCUUCCUGAAAGCCUGUGUUAUGAGGUCAUCUGUGAGGGAAGCUUGGGCAAAAAUGGUGUGGAAAAAGAACAGGAAAAAACCUCCAAAAGCACGGAAACAGAUACUGUUCUUCCAGUAACAGAUAAAACUGUGGCACCUGAUCAGGAAAAGCCUUUGGCGUCAUCAAAAGUGCCUACAGAAUCAUUCCUUGAUGAAUUUUUGGACGACAGACNGGAGGCACAUCAACGAUACUAUUCUAAGCAAGAGACAAGUUCACCAUCCAAGCCAGUAGUGGAGCCAGCUCCUUUGUUACAAAAGACUCGCAAAUUGCCAUCCUGGUUGACACAGUCGAAAAGUGACACAAAAUCUCCAGCAAAGAAAGUAGGAAACAACAAAGGGAAAACUCCAACCAGUGGUACAGAGAAGAAAACAGGUGCCUUUUCUUUUGAUCUACGUGUAGCGAACAAAGGCGGGCAAACUACCAAGAAGUCGACAUUGCCAACCAAACGUAAACAAAAGACUGCAGAAUCUGAUGAGGACUUUGUUGUUAGCGACGAUGAAGAAGAGAAGCAUUUGGAGCAAACAAAAAAGACAAAAAAUGCAACUAAGAAAAGAACAUCAAAUAGCAUUGACGACAGCGAUGAAGACAUUACACCCACCGCAAACAAGAAAGCAAAGAGAAAAAGUCGUGAAAUACAGAGUGACAGUGGCGACGACUACGAACCUGUACGACCUGAAAAGAGUAAACCAGUUAAACCAGUUUCUAGGGAUGCUUCCAGUGGAAGUGAUGAAGAAGAAGUUAAGCCUCCAUCAAAGAAACGUGCAGAGGCGAAAAAAACAGAGAAAGACAAGAGCAAAACUUCAAAGCUUCCAUCCUGUCCAUAUGGAAGCAAAUGCUACAGGAAAAAUCCUGCACAUUUCAAAGAAUACUCACACCCUAGCAAGGAUGGUGAUGACGCGGACGAUGGUGAAGCUGCUGCAGAAGACAGUGAUGAUGACAGACCCGAAUGUCCUUAUGGGACGGGCUGUUACAGGCGGAACCCGCAGCACAAACGGGAUUUCAAGCAUACAGAGACCCCAGGACGUCCUAAACGGAAGAAAGCCUCGAAACACAGGAGUGUUCUUGAUGAUGCUAGUGAUGAUGAUGACGAACCAAACACCUACGAUUAUAAUGACAGCUUUUUAGCUGAUGAUGGCGAAGAAAGUGGUAGCAGUUACUCAGCGUCAGAUGACUCUGAUUGGCAGCCUCAAGGAGAUGAUGAUGACGAUGCUGACGUUGAUGAGGAUGUUAACGAGUUGUUAACUGAAGCGCGUGGCUUUCUACGGAGUAAAAAUAUGACAAGGCCUGUAUGACGGAGUUGCUGUAAUACAUGGUAUUGUUGUUGGAAGCUGUUAGGUUUAAAGGACCACCAUCUUGAAAGUGUACUAGAGCGGUUUUCAAUUGGCUGUCGUCGUAAUCACUCUGGCCAAUCACAAAGGACACGGAAAAUCAAAUGAACCAAUUGAAACUCGAAGUAGACGCAUGUAGCUGACGCGAAGCGCGGGAAAACGCGUGCGAACGAAUCACGAUUGGUUUUGAUUUGACUUCUGAUUGGAU